AUGGUGAACUCGGACCAGCUGCGCAAGAAGCGUGGUGCGCUCAGGACUGGUGUCACGCGGGCCCUAACACAGUUACCGGACCUGCUACAGCAAACGGAUCUCGACCUCUCGGAAGUUAGCGUGCAACUCGACUACCUCAAGGACAGGGAAUCAGCAUUACCAAGACUGGCCGAUGCAUUGCUUGCAGUAACAGAUGAAGACAAUCUUGACAGCAAAGUCGAAACGGCACAGGUUUAUCGCGACAAGAUCAGCUACGCCUUAGCGUGCGCCAAGUACUGGCUGCAAGAACGUCAUCAGGCUACCAGAACGCAUGCUCAAGCUUCUGGAUCCGGAUCGAGCAACUUAGAGCUUCUGAAUUCCGUCGAUGCUCUGGACCAGGUGAGAGAGCAGCGUCAGCGAUCAGUUAUACUACCUAGACUACAGAUACCUACAUUCGACGGCAACCUUGGUGAAUGGCAGGCCUUUUGGGACCAUUACGACGCCACGAUCCACCAGAAUAACGAAUUGCCUCGCAUAGAAAAGUUCAAGUAUUUGCUCACGUACUUGACCGGCAGCGCGAAGUGGUCCAUUGAAGGCAUCUGGUUAGCCGAGCAGAAUUACGAGCUCGCAAUCAAGACGCUUACGGGUCGCUUCGGAGGGCGAGAUCUUCUCAUUAAUGAGUACGUGGACCAACUCUUGGCGUUGAUUCUCGUGAAGAGCUCGUCAGACGUUGCCAAGCUUCGUACACUCCACGACAAUGUGCAGUCCCGAGUGAGCGCAUUGGAAGGCCUCGGAGUAUCACCGGAUCAGUACAUCGUGGUGGUGAAUCGUGUUAUGAUGCGCUGCUUGCCAGACGAUCUGGCUAUCAUGUAUCGGCAGAAGAUAAAGGAAGAUGACGGUGCAACUAGUGGGACUGAGACUCCCGAAGAUAGAAUGCGUCGAGCGAGGGACCUUUUAACCUUUCUUCGCAUCCAAGUGGAAGUGAUGGAGGAAGGUCGCCUACAGCUUUGUCGCCGUCCAUAUGAAAGCGAAAAUAUGAGCAUGGCGACAGAGAGCACCGGCGGCGCGGAACACAUUCCAUCGGCUGCAGCUCUAACAAGUUCAACCGUGUCGGUCAACCAAGUGCGCACACUUUGCAAGAGCAGCGGGCAUACCAUAAUUUCCGGCAAUGCCAUUCUGUCAGCGGACGACAAGCGA